AUGUCUCCAAGCCCAACAUAUAUUCUAGCAGACGUGCUUGCUGUUGCGCGAAUACACCCAUUCUAUUGCUCUACUCAGUACCCACCGGAUAAUACUGCCAUCCAGCAUGCAAGAGAGGAAGCGGCAUCGAAGUACGAUCAACCUGACUUGACGUCGUGGCCAUUGCUUCUAAAAGCCGACUUGUAUACCGUAAUCGAACGGCUUAUCAACGACACCGACCCGAGGAACACGUAUGGCCACAAUGUCUACACCAGCGUUACGGGUGGGGGAGGCGGUGUCUCAAAACCUUUGUUCUUCGCGACAGAUGCGCUCGAGAAUCGUCGGCAUAGAGCCUUUUUGGCGAGUUUCUAA